AUGGAUGCCGAACGGCAGAGGUCCCCAGCCAAGAUCAACGCACACUUACGGGACUCACGAAUGAGGGUCCUUGGAGACAAAUUGCCCCUCAGAAAGGUCCAAGGUUUGGGGUCAGAGGCAGAAUCUAAUGACGAGUAUGCCCCCUCCAAGGGCACCGAGUCACAAUACCGUUCGGAAACUCCCACGGAGUAUUCGAAGGCAAGAGAACCAAGUCCGAGGAAAACCUCCGAAGACUAUAUUUCUGAGGAGAUCCCAAGCCAAGACCCUGCAAUCCGUCUGCUCUUCCAGAGAAUCCAGAAGAUGGAGGACGACCGAACCCGGUCUCAGGAGCCUGAUUGGGGGAAACUUCGGUCAGGACCCUUUACCGAACGCAUCAAGAAGUCCAGACCGGACAGGGAGGUACAACCGUUGCGAAUACCGUUUUACACUGGCGUGGAAGACCCCUUACCACACCUUCACUCCUUCCAAUCGGCAGUAGGAUGCAAGGGCCUCGGCGAUGAGGGACAAUGCCUGCUAUUCCCAUCCUCCCUUACCGGAGCAGCUCUGAACUGGUUCUACCAUCUUGAACCAGGAACGGUAGACUCAUUCGACGAGCUAAAGCAGAUUUUUCUAAAUCAUUUCAUGAUCCAGACGGACCGUCUGUACUCUGCCGACGACCUGUACACGGUUCGACAGAGAGAAGACGAACCCCUACGGGAAUAUGCCACACGCUUCAAUCAUGAGUACUCGAGGUGUCCGGAGACGGACGAUAGGGCAGCCUACGACGCCUUCAAGAGUGGCCUUCGGUCCUCUCACUUUCGGUACCUAGUACACAGUAGCAACUGGUGCACUUAUGACGAGCUGAUGAAGCAGGCGGCGGCCCACGCCAAGGCCGAAUACUUCAACUCCAAGCCCGGGCCUUCAGCUCGGUAG